AUGGACAUAAGUAUGAAGAGUCUGCAAAACAAGACAACUGUUGUCACUGGCGGCGCAAGUGGCCUGGGAGAGGCAUACGUGCGUGCUCUUAUCGCAGCAGGAGCGUUAGUGGUGAUCGCGGACCUUGAUGUUCUAAGGGGGCGAAGUCUCGAAGAUGAGCUUACAGGCACUAAAUUCAUCGAGUGUGAUACUACCAACUGGGAUGAUCAAGUCCGUCUGUUUGAAGAGGCAACGUCUUUUUCUUCCACUGGUAAGAUAUCUUUUGUCGUCGCGAAUGCUGGGAUUUACCGCCAGGAUGAGGUCUUUGCAUAUGCAGGCGAUGGCAAACAGCCCGAAAAGCCCGAUCUUGCUACUAUCAAUGUCAAUCUUAUCGGGACGCUAUAUACCUCGAAGCUUGCCUCGCAUUACUUUAUCAAGCAGAAUGGCCAACGGCCGUCAUCCUCACAGGAAGACACCUGCUUGGUUUUGAUCGGUUCAGGAGCAGCAUUCCUUGAUUGCCCUCGAGCUCCUCAAUACUGCGCCACAAAAUGGGCGAUGCGAGGAAUAAUGCAUUCACUGCGAAGGACUACUCAUUUUUAUGGGAGCCGCGUGAACGUCAUAUCACCCUGGUAUGUCAAGACAAAUAUCCUCUCGGAGGAGGACUUUGCGCAUAUCACUAGUGUAGGUGUUCAGUUCGCCGAAACUUCCGAUGCAAGUCAAUGUCUUCUGCACAUACUUAAUGACAGCAGUAUCAACGGACGUUCUUACUUCAUCUCAGGCAAGAAGUGGUCACUGGAGGGAUACAUGGAUCUUGGACUUGAAGACUAUCAGGGUAACCUUCUGCUUGAGAGUAUUCAGGAAGACCAAGUCAAGGCGGCCCCCGUUGAAAUGGGCCUUUUUGUCUAG